CUAUUCGCUCUUUUUGCAGCCAGUCGCCGUUCACCUGCGUCUGCCUGCACAAAAACUACACGGGCACCAUCGGAAUCUUGACCAUGGCACAAGCACGACUGGCAACAACAACGUCAUUAACAUCGUCAGCUCUUGGGCUGGCGGCGGCGUCAAAGACAAAUGGCGUCGUUGAGGAACUGCUGGGAAUGGACAGCUGGCAGGAGUUCGAGAUCGAUGUACCGUGGGGCACUGUUGCAGGCAAGUGGUGGGGCUCGCGCAAUAAGCAGCCCAUCAUCGCUCUGCAUGGCUGGCAGGACAACUGUGGAAGCUUCGACAGGCUGUGCCCCCUGCUUCCGGCCGACAGCGCUGUGCUGGCCAUCGAUCUGCCCGGCCACGGCAAUUCGUCGCACUAUCCGCAGGGCAUGCAGUACUUCAUUUUCUGGGAUGGCAUCUGCCUGAUCCGCCGCAUCGUGAGGAAGUACAACUGGAAGAACGUGACCUUACUGGGCCACUCAUUGGGCGGAGCGCUGACUUUUAUGUACGCCGCCAGCUUCCCUGAUGAGGUGGACAAGCUGAUAAACAUUGACAUUGCCGGGCCCACGGUGCGCGGGAUUCAGCGGAUUGCAGAGGGCACGGGCAAGGCGCUGGACAAAUUCCUCGACUAUGAAUCGUUGCCGGAGAGCAAGCAGCCUUGCUAUUCGUACGACGAGAUGAUCAAACUGGUGCUGGACGCCUACGAUGGGUCCGUCGACGAGGCCUCGGUGAAGAUCCUGAUGCAGCGGGGCAUGCGACACAACCCCACCAAGGAUGGCUAUCUCUUUGCUCGGGACCUGCGGCUCAAGGUGAGCCUGCUGGGCAUGUUCACCGCAGAGCAGACGCUGGCCUAUGCCCGCCAGAUUCGCUGCAAGGUGCUCAACAUCCGCGGCACUCCCGGUAUGAAGUUCGAGACUCCCCAGGUCUACGCAGAUGUGAUAGCCACCCUCAAGCAGCACGCUGCCCAUGUGGUCUACGUGGAAGUACCUGGCACCCAUCACCUGCACCUGGUCACGCCGGAGCGGGUGGCAUCGCACAUAAACCAUUUCCUGCGUGAUCAGUAGGACAUGCAACGAGGGAGCGGUGCUUAAUUAAGUAGGAGGCUAAUUGUAUGUAAAUGUAUAGCUUGUAUGAUUCCACUGGAUUGUGAUGAGUAACAGAUCAAAGGUAUUGUGUGGAUUUGGACGUAGAAAACCACAUUUAAUAAAUCCAAAACUAAUAGGCAA